GUAAAUCUUAGCUAAGUUACCUUGUUAUGUCUAUAGUGAGAGCCCUUGAGUAGUAUCGGAUCAGUUCCGGCUUGAUCCCGCCUUCUUUAUUCACGUCAUUAAAAACGCGCUUCUACGCGUCGCAACGCGUCAAAGCCUCAUGACGUCGCAACUCCACCAACUCCAUCACCAAGCGAGAAUAACCGUUCGAUGACCUAACAUCCCGAAUACGAAUUCCUUCCGACAACUGAACUGAUCUUGACCAAUCUUAUCAAUCUCAUCAGCUCAUCUCUCCAUCUCCCAAGGUCCAAAUGUCUCAGCUGAAGAGUCGGUGAACAGAGGCGAAACCUUGUUCCGCUCCGCUCCUUACCCCACAAACCGUAUGUUCCCUCAGACCAUUUAUCAACUCGUUCCUGCAACACGCGACACAACAUUCACCUGCACACGAUCAUCAGAAUGGCCAAUCUGGGCGUUUUCGCGGUCGCUACGGCACUCGUCGUUCUUAUCCUCACGUACGGCGUACCCCUCUUUCUGAAAGAGUACUUCCCCUGGCAGAGUCUGUACAAACAGCGGCAUGGAAGACCUACCGUGACUACAAAAUCGUACAAAGGGCGAACGGCGCUCAUCACCGGUGCGAAUGGAGCGUUUGGAUCUCGGGCAGCCAAGAUCUUUGCGCAGAGAGAUGUUGAGACGCUUGUGCUCGUUGAUGUGAGGGAUUGCAGUGGUGUGAAGGAGGAGAUUGAGAAGGAGUUGGGUGAAGCGGGCAAACCGGUGCCCAAGAUUUUGGUCUGGCAGGCUGAUUUGAUGACGUUCAAGGGAUGCCAGGAACUUGGGAGGAAGGCCAAGGAUUUGGAGCAUCUUGAUCAUGUUUUGAUGACUGCGGGAAUUCUGGCGUUUAAUCGUCGUGAAUCGCCUGAGGGCUGGGAAACUUCCAUCCAAGUCAACUUCCUUUCUGGUGCUCUCCUCUCUCUUCUGUUCCUCCCUCUCCUCAAAUCCUCCCCCUCCAACCCCUCCCCUCCCGUUCUCACCUUCGUAACAACCUUUGGCAUCUACCCCUCCUCCUUCACAAUGGGCGUGCCCAAGAAAGGCUCUUACCUCAAGAAACUCAGCAACAAUAAGGAAGGCAUGGAACAAGCUCAUCAAUACGGUCGCUCCAAGGGUCUUCUUCUCUACUGGGCCCGCGAACUCGCCUCUCGAGUCUCUGCUAUUCAAGCAACAGAGAAACUUCCCCGCAAAGUCACCAUCAACAGCGCUGAUCCGGGUUCUGCGUGGACACCUCUUACGAAUCCUAACCAGGCGAAGCUUAUUCCACGGUUGAUUAUGAACUUUGGAGCGAGAGAUCCGCAGAUUUGUGCUACGGCUUUGGUCAAUGGUGUUUCGGCGACGGAGGACGCUCAUGGCAAGAUUAUACAGGAUUUCGAUACUGCUGACUACCCCCCUUUCAUGGUGAGGAAGAGUGGUCGUGCUGCUCAGGCGCGUGUUUGGGAGGAGACGAGGGAGGAGCUUGAGGCGAAGGUUCCAGAGGUCAAGGCCAUCUUUGACAUGUUGGACCAGUAAAACCUCUGCGAUCAUCAGAUUACGACAGCAUUGGGAUCAGUGUUGCGUGUUGAGGCCAAGCAAUGGGGAGGCGAUGAAGUGUAAACUGGUAUAAUGGUCUGAUGGGGUAAUAAUCCGCGGGAGACCGAAAGGCAUUGCGCGUAUCGUUAAAGGGCCUGGCGGUGAUUCGAUGAGCAUGGGAAUAUGGUCUUGCUAGCGCUAGCACACCUGAAGCAAAUAUGAAGUUUAAAAAAUAGUCUAAAUCGAAUACCGGUAUUUCGGCGCCCGCGCGAGACGGCAGUUGAUUUCAUCAAUUCAUUGGAAAAAUAUUAUACACAUUCAUCGUCAUUCAGUUCCAUGCUGACGUCUUCACGUUGCUGUAU